CCCUGUGUGACGUGACGUGAGUCCGCCGGCUAUCUCAGCUCUUUCUCACACACUACUAACUCUGGGUUGAACUCCCGUUACCGCCAACGCUGUUUAAAGGGCGUAUUUCGGUCAGGGAAGGAUUGGAUCUACCAAACCGAACUACACUAAUCACCUUCACAGAGGACAGCAGACUUGUUCACUUCACUUCCUGCGACACGUCCUUCCACUAUCCAAACUGGUUGCGGCCCCUAGAGUGAAGAUCCAGUGAUUUUGGCCUCUAUUGUGAAGAUCUACCCUUCCAUCCAACUGUCCGUCCGUCUGUCCAGCUCUUCUCUCCAUUCCUGCUCUCCCCCUUGUCCCCCCUCAUCCAGCACAGCUCAUGACAUCAGCGCAGUCAACAUGGCAUUCUCAUCACGCUUUUCCUUCUGGGAGCAAAAGGUCAAAGAAGAGGUCAGACCACCAGGCUCCAAGAUAUCAAAUCAGGGUUCAGACAGCGACAGUGGCAGUAUGAGUAGCCGCUCCCAGUCCGUGCCCAGUCUGGAGCCUAGCAGGGGCCUACUCCGCACCAAAAGCCCUGAGCCAGCCAAGACACAUCCCGGGGUCAGGGUCAGGAGUCCCUCACCACCCAGGGUACGCGGGGCUGUAAAGGUCCCUGAACGCUUCAAAAGUCUAGUGCCUCCGAUCCAGGCGCCAGCACAGCACUUCAGGAGCCCUGACCCACGCAGAACUUCCACAAUUAGCCCUGAGCCUGUGCUGAACGGAAACAGCAAGCCCAACGGAUCCGUUAACGUCAGUGCCGUCAAUGGGAACUCUGCCAAUGGAGGUGACAGACAGCCAGACCUGGACAACGAUGAUCCGAGCCUUACCCGCAAGAAAGUAGUGAAGGUGGUGUGUCAAGUGGUGCGGAAGGCACUACCUGCAGAAGAGGAGGAUGCUCCAGCUCCUGAGCCUACUAAACCUGCCCCUGAACCUCCUAAAUUGGUGCCAUCGCAAGCGCCAACAUCUGUGCCCAAGGUCCCAAAGGUACCACUGUUCUCUUUCAAGCACGAUACCAUCAAGACGGAGGAGAAGGACGAUAUAUCAGCAGGGAUGGCCAGCCUCAUGGUCCGCGGGAGGACCAGGAACCGCCCUCGCACACGCAUGGAUGAGCCGUCUGAAAAAGAACAAGAGGAAGCAGUGAAAAGAGAGAAAAAAGAAGGCCCUAAAUUGGUUGAGAUUAAAUCUAUCUCUAAUGUCGGCCCAGUUUCAAAACAGGAGGAUAAGACUCCUGUGUCGGCUGUACCAGCUAAAGUUCAUCCUAUGGCUUCUAAUUUGAUCUCGGUUUCCUCCAGGUCUUCCCCCGCAGGCUUCAUCCCUGCCCCAAAGCCUUCCCCGCUCUCCCCUCCUGCAGGUUUCACCCCACUACCAAACUCAGCCUCCCUUUCCCCACCUGCUGGGUUUGUACCAGCACCAAAAUCAUCCCCCCUUUGCCAACCAAAUGGGUAUGUACCAGCACCAAAAUCAGCCACCCUUUCCCCUCCAGUAGGGUUUGUACCAGCACCAAAAUCAGCCACCCUUUCCCCUCCAGUAGGGUUUGUACCAGCACCAAAAUCAGCCACCCUUUCCCCUCCAGUAGGGUAUGUACCAGCACCAAAAUCUACUGCUAUUAGUCCUUCAGUUUCCACUGCAGCCCCCAAAUCCUCCCCAGCCAUUCCCACAUCAUGCUUUAUCCCACCACUAAAAUCAGCCCCCCUUUCCCCUCCAGCAGGGUUUAUACCAUCACCAAAAUCCAAUGCUUUUACUCUUUCAGUUUCCACUGCAGCCCCCAAAUCCUCCCCAGCCAUUCCCACAUCAUGCUUUAUCCCACCACUAAAAUCAGCCCCCCUUUCCCCACCUGCUGGUUUUAUCCCCUCUUCUAAAUACUCCCCUGUCACUCCCCCUUCAGCAUCCUUUCCCACCUCUAAGUCCUCCCCCAGUACUCCUCCUGCAGGGUUCGUCCCAGUCUCCAAGGUCUCGCCUCUCUCCCCUACUCCUCCAAAGGUCUCGCCUCUCUCCCCUCCUCCCGCCUUUAUCAUUCCCAAGGCGAGUGCCCUCUCUCCACCACCGGCGUUGAUCCCUCCCCCCAAACUGCCAACCGUGAAGAAGCUUGAGGUGGUAGCCUCUCCCCUGUCCUCUGUUCCCAUUGAGAAGGCUUCACCGCAGAACAAGUCAUCAACCGUUUCAUCAAAGAAUACCCCAACCAUAACCCAAAAGGAGGCGCCGCUCAGUCCCACUGAAGAGGCUCAGAGACUCCUGGACAGGAUCUUCAGUGCGCCUGCCACUAGUCUACUACAACACACAAUCCAGCUGGAGCCGGCAGUUUGUGCCUCAGCCCCGACCUUUUGUCCUGCCCCAGCCCCAAACCCCCCUCAGGGACAGGUAGACAAGGAUCCCGUGGCCAUCCUUCAGGUGUCUCACGCCGCUGCCCAACAACCCAAGGUGAAGACAGAGGAGCAGAUAGCCGCAGAGCAGGCAUGGUACGGCUCAGAGAAGGUCUGGCUGGUUCACAAGGAUGGCUUCUCCCUGGCGACGCUGCUGAAGACUGAGGCAGGCUCUCUGCCGGAGGGGAAGGUGAAGGUCAAACUGGAACAUGACGGGACAGUACUGGACGUAGAUGACGAUGACGUGGAGAAGGCGAACCCCCCGUCAUUUGACCGCUCUGAGGACCUGGCCUUGCUGCAGUACCUCAAUGAGUCCAGUGUGAUGCACUCCCUGCGGCAGCGGUACGGGGGAAACCUCAUUCACACACACGCCGGGCCCAACACGGUCAUCAUCAAUCCCCUCAGCGCUCCCUCCAUGUACUCCGAGAAGGUGAUGCACAUGUUUAAGGGUUGCAGGCGAGAGGACACGGCACCUCACAUCUACGCGGUGGCUCAGUCGGCCUACAGGAACCUGUUGACCACGCGUCAGGACCAGUCCAUCGUGCUGCUGGGGAAGAGCGGCAGCGGCAAGACCACCAACUGUCAACACCUGAUCCAGUACCUGGUCUCCAUCGCUGGCAGCACCGGAAAGAUCUUCUCUGGGGAGAAGUGGCAGGCAGUAUACACUAUCCUGGAAGCAUUUGGAAACAGCUCCACCUCCAUGAACACCAAUGCUAGCCGCUUCUCUCAGAUUGUCUCUCUGGACUUCGACCAGGCUGGCCAGGUGGCCUCCGCAUCCAUACAGACCAUGCUGCUUGAGAAGCUGAGAGUGACCAAACGGCCAGAGACUGAGUCCACCUUCAACGUGUUCUACUACAUGAUGUCCGGAGCUGACAGCACUCUCAGAACGGAGCUGCACUUUAACCACUUUGCAGAGAACAGCGCCUUCGGAAUUGUGCCUCAGUCUAAACUGGAGGACAAACAGAAGUCGUCUCAGCAGUUCACCAAGCUGCAGGCAGCCAUGAAGGUGCUGGGCAUCUCAGUGGAGGAGCAGAGGGCUCUGUGGCUCAUCCUGGGGACCAUCUACCACCUGGGGGCCGCAGGGGCCACCAAAGAGGCUGACGAAGCUGGCCGUAAGCAGUUUGCCCGUCAUGAGUGGGCCCAGAAGGCUGCCUACCUGCUGGGCUGCACCCUGGAGGAGCUCUCCUCGUCCAUCUUCAAGCACCAGGUCAAGGGUGCCCUGCAGAGGUCCACCUCCUUCCGCGGGGGGCCCGACGAGGCCGGGGCAGGAGACAGCUCAGUCUCUAAGAUCACAGCCCUAGAAUGUCUGGAGGCCAUGGCUUCAGGCCUGUACUCAGAGCUCUUCACCCUCGUUAUCUCCCUCGUUAACAGAGCUCUGAAGUCCAGUCAGCACUCUCUGUGCUCUCUGCUCAUCGUGGACACACCGGGUUUCCAGAACCCUCGCAUGGCCAAGCGCCAGCGCGGUGCCACCUUCGAGGAGCUGUGCCACAACUACGCCCAGGAGCGCCUGCAGACCCUGUUCCACGAACGCACCUUUGUACAGGAGCUGGAAAGAUAUAAGGAGGAAAACAUAGAGCUUGCAUUAGAUGAAAUAGGGUCCAGUACCUCAAUGUCGGUAGCAGCUAUAGACCAAGCAUCAACCCAAGCGCUGGUGCGCACCCUGGCGAGGACAGAUGAGGCUCGAGGUCUGCUGUGGCUGAUGGAGGAGGAGGCUUUGCAGCCAGGGGGCUCUGAGGACACUCUGCUGGAGAGACUCUUCAGCUACUAUGGCCCUGACCAGGGGGACAACAAGGGACACGCCCUGCUCCUGAAAAGUGACAAGCCGCAUCACUUCCUGUUGGGCCACAGCCACGGGACAGACUGGGUGGAGUACGAUGCUCAGGGUUGGCUGAACCACGCCAAGCAGAACCCCGCCUCCCAGAACGCUGCCACUCUGCUGCAGGACUCACAGAAGAAGAACAUCAGCAGUCUGUUCUCUAGUCGUAGUGGAGGGCCCACAGUGCUGUCUGGCUCCAUCGCAGGGCUGGAGGGGGGAUCUCAGCUGGCCCUCCGCAGAGCCACUAGCAUGAGGAAGACCUUCACCACUGGCAUGGCCGCUGUCAAGAAGAAGAGCCUCUGUAUCCAGAUCAAACUGCAAGUGGAUGCUCUGCUGGACACGGUGCGCAGGUCCAGGGUUCACUUUGUCCACUGCCUGCUGCCCAAGGCAGACGCAGUGGGAGUUGGCAUGGAGCCGCGCGUGACCCAUGGAGAGAGCUGCGACUCAGGCCUCAUGCAGCUGGAUGUGGGCCUCCUGAGGGCUCAACUCCGUGGAUCUAAGCUUAUCGACGCCUUGCGCAUCUACAGACAAGGAUACCCUGAUCACAUGGUGUUCUCCGAGUUCAGACGGCGCUUUGACGUGCUGGUGCCCCACCUGACCAAAAAGCACGGACGCAACUACAUGGUCACAGACGAGAAGAGGGCUGUGGAGGAGCUGUUGGAGUCUCUGGACUUGGAGAACAGCAGUUACCACAUGGGCCUGAGCAGGGUGUUCUUCAGAGCGGGGACCCUGGCCAAACUGGAGGAGCAGAGAGAUGUCCAGACCAGACGCAACAUCACCAUGUUCCAGGCUUCCUGCAGAGGAUACCUGGCCAGACAGGCUUUCAAGAAGAGGAAGAUCCAGGACCUGGCCAUCCGCUGCAUUCAGAAGAACAUCAAGAAGAACAAGGGCGUGAAGGGCUGGGCCUGGUGGAAGGUGUUCACCACAGUACGCCCCCUUAUAGAGGUCCAGCUCACAGAGGAGCAGAUACGUGGCAAAGACGAGGAGAUCCAGCAGCUGAAAGGGAGGCUGGAGAAGGUGGACAAGGAGAGGAACAAGCUGAGAUUCAACAGUGACCGCCUGGAGAGCAGGAUCACAGAGCUGUCGUCGGAGCUGGCAGACGAGAGGAACACAGGAGAGUCGGCCUCUCAGCUGCUGGAGUCUGAGACCUCAGAGAGACUGAGACUGGAGAAAGACAUGAAGGACCUGCAGACUAAGUUUGACUCGAUGAAGAAGUCUAUGGAAUCUAUGGAGAUGGAGGUGAUGGAGACCAGACUCCUCAGAGCCUCUGAGCUCAAUGGAGAGAUGGACGAUGACGACACAGAGGGGGAGUGGAGACUGAAGUAUGACAGGGCCAUCAGAGAGAUAGAGUUCACCAAGAAGAGGUUACAGCAGGAGUUUAAUGACAAGCUGGAGGUGGAGCAGCAGAACAAGCGGCAGCUGGAGAGGAGGCUAAGUGACCUCCAGGCAGACAGUGAGGAGGUGCAGCGUACGGCCCAGCAGCUGAAGAAGAAGUGUCAGAGAUUGACGGCUGAGCUACAGGACACCAAGCUACACCUGGAGGGCCAGCAGAGCCGCAACCAUGACCUGGAGAAGAAACAGAGGAAGUUUGACUCGGAGCAGAACCUGUCCCAGGAAGAGGUCCAGAGAGAGAAGAAUCUUAGAGAGAAGCUGAGCAGAGAGAAGGACAUGCUGACUGGAGAAAUGUUCAGCCUGCGACAGCAACUGGAGGGCAAGGACCUGGAGAUGUGUGCACAGAACGUGAAGUUAGAACAGCUGGAGGCGGAGCUGCUGGACCUGUCGUCCCAGGAGACCAAGGACGAGGCAUCACUGUCCAAGGUGAAGAAGACGAUGCGUGACCUGGAGGCCAAGGUCAAAGACCAGGAAGAGGAGCUGGAUGAACAGGCCGGAACUAUACAGAUGCUGGAGCAGGCUAAGCUGCGUCUGGAGAUGGAGACAGAGAGACUGCGCCAGACACACUCCAAGGAGAUUGAGAGUAAAGACGAGGAGGUGGAGGAGAUCAGACAGUCCUGCAGUAAGAAGCUGAAGCAGAUAGAAGUCCAGCUGGAGGAGGAGUUUAAUGACAAACAGAAGGUCCUACGUGAGAGGAGAGAACUGGAGACCAAGCUGCUGUCUGCUCAGGACCAGGUGAUCCCCAGAGACGUGGAGACAGAGAAGAGGCUGAGGAAGGAUCUGAAGCGCACCAAGGCCCUGCUGGCCGACGCCCAGAUCAUGCUGGACCACAUGAAGAACAACGCCCCCAGCAAGAGAGAGAUCGCCCAGCUCAAAAACCAGCUGGAGGAGUCAGAGUUCACCUGUGCGGCAGCAGUGAAGGCCCGUAAGUCUAUGGAGGUGGAGAUUGAGGACUUGCAUGUGCAGAUGGACGACAUCUCCAAAGCCAAACAGGCUCUGGAAGAGCAGUUGAGCAGGCUGCUGAGGGAGAAGAAUGAUCUUCAGUCUCGUAUGGAGGAGGACCAGGAGGAUAUGAACGAGCUCAUGAAGAAGCACAAGUCAGCUGUCGUCCAGUCAACCCAGAACCUAGCCCAGAUCUCUGACCUACAAGCCCAGCUGGAGGAGGCCCUCAAGGAGAAGCAGGAUGUCCAGGAGAAGCUCUCGGCACUGCAGAGCCAGCUGGAGUUCCAGGAGACGUCUAUGGUCGAGAAGUCCCUGGUCACCAGGCAGGAGGCGAAGAUCCGAGAGAUGGAGACCAAGAUGGAGUUUGAGAAAACACAGGUCAAACGCUUGGAGAGCCUGGUGGCCCGUCUAAAGGAGAACCUUGAGAAGCUAACAGAGGAGCGGGAUCACCGCAGCACCAGCGAGACCCGGGAGAAGGAGCAGAACAAGCGGCUCCAGAGACAGAUCAGAGAUAUCAAGGAGGAGAUGGGAGAGCUGGCCAAGAAGGAGGGAGAGGCCAGCCGCAAGAAACAUGAGCUGGAAAUGGAUAUUGAAAGCUUGGAGGCAGCCAAUCAGAGCCUGCAGGCGGACCUUAAACUAGCCUUCAAGAGGAUUGGUGACCUCCAGGCCGCCAUCGAGGACGAGAUGGAGAGUGACGGCAACGAGGACCUCAUCAGCAGUUUACAAGACAUGGUGACAAAGUAUCAGAAAAGAAGGAACAAAACUGAGGGAGACUCAUCUGACUUGGAGAUUGAAGACUGUGUGGACGGGGUCAAGUCCUGGCUGUCCAAAAACAAGGGAUCUACCAAGAACCUCUCAGAUGACGGCAGCCUCAAGAGCUCCAGAUUUGCCGUAAACGUAGACGCAAAGGAAGGGAAAGAGUGGAAAGAGGGUAAGGAAUGGAAAGAGUUUAACAAAGAGGGCAAAGAGAAAGAGGUAGAUCAGAGCAGGCCAGUGUCUGUGAUGAGUUCCCUGAGCUACAGGAAGCGCUCCAACAUCAAUGACUCCAUCGGAGGUAAAGGGGACGACAGCUCCCUCUUCAGUUCCCUCAAGAAGGAACAGGACUCUCAGGAGUCUAUCACCUCCUUCCGUAAGGCCAAGCCCAAAUGCUCAUCACCCCAGGGUGACUCCUACUCAGUCAGCUCCAGCUCCUGGAGGAAGUCCCAGCAGACUGGGAAUGAUGAUGACCGUGGCUCAGUUAUCUCCCAGGCCUACACUGAAGCCACCAGCAGGGCUAGGAAGGGCAUGGACAGCCGCUGGGGAGACUUCGACAAAGAGUCCACUGUGUCCUCCAUGGCCCCCAGCCGGGCCUGCGUUGCCACCACACGCUGUGGCCUGAGCCCAGCGGACGACACCAAGUCGACCAUCAGCCUGGGUAUGUCCAGUCCCCUGAGCCGCCGCAGCACUUCCGCACACCGUACGGACGAGUCAUAUGGAAGAAGUGGUCGCUGCCCCAGCAGCCCCUCUCUUAGUCGUCGUUCUGGGGGCAGGAGCCCUGGCAGCGUAAGCCGUGCUGACUCACGCAUAUCUGACUUCCGCAGCUGCCGCCUCAGCGAGUUUGAUGACAUGGAGGACGGGCACAGCGUGGCCUUCACUGAGCGCUCCUCGGCCUACAGCCCCCACUCCUCCUCGGGACGCAGCCUGUCCAUGCCCCCGCCACCCGCCCGCUCCUACAGAGAUGAUGACGAGCUCCCUGACACCUCGGACAUCAAGCCGGCCACCGUCAGCCACCGCAAUUACCUGGACCCCGACCUGGAGAAGGCCAUCAACGAGGUGCUCAACUUCAAACCCAUCAAGUUCAAACGCACCAGCCUGGAAGACUCAGAGGCCGAGGCAGGGAGGAAAGAGGACGACACAGAGGACAACAGGAAGAGUGUGCUUAGCGUUAGGGGGAGAGGCGACAGGGAGGCGGACAGCGGGCGCAGCACCAGCAGUCUGAGACGCUCAGCGUCGGCCGUGGAUUGUAGGAGGUCCUCCAGCAGUAUGAGCAGCCGCAGCCGCAGCCACAGUGGAAAGAAGAGCAAAGGCAAGAAGAAGAAGAAGAAGAGGAGCCACAGCUCCGAGUCAGACGGCUCCGAUGAUGACCGCUGCAGCAAGAAGGGCAGCUCCAAGAACAAAGGCAAGAAGUCCAAAAAGAUGUCCAAAAAGGAGUCCUCUUCUUCAUCCUCAUCCUUGGAUUCAGAGUCUGACUCAGAGUCUAGCUCCAGCUCUGGUGCUUCUACCAUCUCCUACAAAAGCUCCAACAGUGUGAAGAGAGCCCCUGGCCGCCAGGCCUCUAGCCCAGAGGGGGAGAGGGAGGCGGGGACGCCUGCUGAAGGGCAGCUCCUUCCUAACAAGAAGGAGGAGAAGAAUAGGAAGAAGAAAGUGGACAACCUGAUGAUGAAGUAUCUGUACAGACCGGACAGUGACUGAGGCUGGCAGUAGUCCUCCUAGCCGAAGACGUUUCUGCUCGGACAAAUCUGAGGAAGAAGAGGAGGAAGAACAAAAAGAAGGUGGUGCGUCUCAAGGGUCCUUCCACUCCAGAUAUACACGCGGCAGCUACCUGAACAACAGUGACAGUGAAGACAAGCCCUCUGAGACAACGUAGUUAACACACACACCAGCCAACACAGGCUGCAUGUUGAGAGGGCCCCAGUGGUGCAUGAUUGGACUCACUGUGCUGUUAUCACACACGUGCACACACUCACAACCACUCUGUUCUUCUAACCCUGCAACAUGGCAAUGAUACUAUGACUGUCAUUAUUAUUCUACUAUUACAAAACAGCUUGCAUUGCUAAGGUCUAGAGAAGGUGCCAUAGUACAUCAGUGUACAGUACACAACACCAAUGGUUUCUCUUACUCCACUCCACUGGGCCAUCCCUGUCUUAAUGUAUUUCACCAGUCACAUGUGACUGUGUGUCUCCAUCUUGGAUCUGGCCCCUCCAGUUGAACAGCACCUCCAUUAAUAAUGACUUGUCUUUCUUGUCUCUGCUAGCUGCAUGAGGACAGCUGCUGCUUGGCUGGAGCCAUCGUCUCCUCCUUCCUAGAUUUGAUCAUGAUCAUGGUUGGAACUGAGCCAAGGAACUGUAGCUAUGUUCCCUGAUGUUUUAUCACUGCAUUGGGAGACAAGAAAGAAAAAAAAACAAGAAAAAAAGAGGGAGAAAAUAAAUACCAAAAAAUACUUUGUUGCAACUAGGUGUGUACACUGUGUUAUUUCUUAUUUGCUCGUCCUGGUAAAAAAAAGACCAGAGUUUAUUUUUGGGAGAAGUGCCGUUGAUAUGAGUAGGGUCCUCUACAGCUGGCACCCACACAGCUGUGCUUAGAUUCUGUCUGCAGUGCCACGCUGCGCCACACCGAACAAAGACGCUUUCAUCGGCUCAUCUGCUUGUUUUUUUAUGACUUGUUUUUGCCUAACGGGAAGACAACAGAAGAGAGCUGCAGCACCAAACUGCUUGUGAUGAAGCUUCAGUCCUUUCUCUUCCUUUUUUAAUCUACAAUUAGAAUUUGUUUUCAAGAGUGCUGCCAUCAAGGACAUGAUUUCCAGGAGGUUUGAGUGUAGUGUAUCCUAUGAAAUGCUUUGUCUCAUAUGAUUUCAACUUGAAUUGAACUAAGUACUUUGCAGAAAUGCUUUUGGGGGAGGGUCUUUGGCUCAGCUGUUUUUUUCUCUCUGUCAUUGUGGUUGUUGUUGUUCUUAUGCUUUUCACUUGUUUUUUCUCUCCAUUUGAUGUGCUUUGCUUUCCAAAGGGAAUGAUAUUCAACACCAUGCUUUAUGGUGGUUUGUCUUUAGUUUAUAUCUCCUUCAACACCCACAUUUGGACCAUACCAUACUGGAUUACACAUGGUGAGGAUUAGGUCUCCUCAACCAGCAUGUUAAAUCCACCACUCUGUAAACUGGAUAUAUUGCAUUCAAAUCCUUUUCAGUGGUCCUGAAGCCUAUUUGUCAUGUAGGAUUCAUCAGUAUUCUGUCCUGAACCAAUGCUACCCUUUAUAACAGCGCAACAGUUUAACCAGGAAGAUAUUAAAGACCCACACUUUUACGGUUGCUUGGCGUUACAAUGAACCCUUCGGCUGUCUCUUUAGUAUUUAUGAAUUAGCGUUAAUGAAUUUAGCAGGCCUGCCAAAAUGUGUAUUAUCCAUCUGUACAUGGCAAGCGGGACAGAAAGGAUUUUGUUGAUACUCUGCGUGAAGGGAUAAGUUUGGUGUGAUUGUAUUACACAUGAUUUUUAAAGACACUCGUCUAUCACAUCCCCUUGUUCUCUAUGCCAGGGCUUCCCAAACUCGGUCCUGCCCCUCCGCCGGGUGCAUGUUUUGGUGUUUGCCCCAGCACUACACAGCGGAUUGAGCUAAUCAAAGCUUGAUGAUGAGUUGGUGAUUUGAAUCCACUGAGUAGUGCAGGGGAAACACUAAACCAGGACCGCGUGUGGGAAACCCUGCUCUAUGCAGUCAACGUGACUUUUAAAAGGAAUUUUCUGUUUUAUGAUGUUGUUAUAUGAUACUCUUAAACCUGAGUCAUCAUAAAACACCUGGGGGAAAAAUGAAAACAAAGAAAUUAGUGAACAUAACAUUGCGGACUGUACACAUUAAUAUUUAUAUA